UUGGUGGGAUAGUGCUGAAAAAGCCGGGUAGAUUUGCGAGCGAACGGUGACGGCGUGGUGUGGUCAAAUCUGGUGCUGUGGGAUAACUGUUAGAGGAUACAGAACAUUUGUAGAUGUUGAUAAUAGUUUACUGUAUCUGUACCGCGGUCUCUACUCUUCAGUAAUAAAAAUAAUAAAUCAGGAAACGGGCGUUUAGGAAGAACGAGGAAGAAGAGUCGCUCAGAAAUGUCCAGUACUGAAAACAACAGCGUGGAGCCGGAGCGGCGGAUGGAGGAUGAGCUUGAAGGAGAGGAGGAUGAAACUUCUGAGCCCGAAGAAGGGGGACAGGAGGAGGCCGCGCCCCCUAAAGCGACCGACGAAAAGCCGAAUUUGCUGCUCCCUGGCUACGAAGCGAAAAUGCAAGCGGACCGCACUAACAGAUUUGAGUACCUGCUGAAGCAGACGGAGGUGUUUGCCCAUUUCAUCCAGCCAGCAGCGCAGAAGACGCCCACUUCCCCCCUGAAGAUGAAACCCGGCCGACCUCGCAUCAAGAAGGACGAGAAGCAGAACCUGCUGUCGGCCGGGGAUAACCGUCACCGGCGCACAGAGCAGGAGGAAGACGAGGAGCUGCUGAGCGAGAGCAGCAGGGCCACCAACGUCUGCACCCGCUUCGACGAGUCCCCCUCCUAUGUGAAGACCGGGAAACUGAGGGACUAUCAAAUCCGAGGGUUAAACUGGCUGAUUUCACUCUAUGAGAAUGGGAUCAAUGGGAUUCUCGCAGAUGAAAUGGGUCUGGGAAAGACGCUGCAGACCAUCUCCUUGCUUGGGUACAUGAAGCACUACAGAAACAUUCCUGGACCUCACAUGGUGCUGGUGCCCAAGUCCACCCUGUACAACUGGAUGAACGAGUUCAACCGCUGGGUGCCCUCGCUCAAGGCCGUCUGUCUCAUCGGAGACCGGGACGAAAGGAAUGCGUUCAUUAGGGACGUGCUCCUGCCUGGCGAGUGGGAUGUGUGCGUCACCUCCUACGAGAUGCUCAUCAGGGAGAAAGCCGUCUUCAAGAAGUUCAACUGGAGGUACCUGGUGAUCGAUGAAGCUCACAGGAUUAAAAACGAAAAGUCAAAGCUCUCGGAGAUUGUCAGAGAGUUCAAGACCACCAACCGUCUGCUGCUGACUGGAACCCCCCUGCAGAACAACCUGCACGAGCUCUGGGCUCUCCUCAACUUCCUGCUGCCUGAUGUCUUCAACUCGUCUGAAGACUUUGACGCCUGGUUCGACACCAACAACUGCCUUGGGGACCAAAGGCUAGUUGAACGUUUGCAUAUUGUGCUGCGUCCUUUCCUGCUCCGACGUAUCAAAGCGGACGUGGAGAAGUCCCUGCUUCCUAAAAAGGAGGUGAAGAUGUACGUGGGGCUGAGCAAGAUGCAGCGCGAAUGGUACACCAAGAUUCUCAUGAAGGACAUUGACAUUUUGAACUCCGCGGGGAAGAUGGACAAAAUGCGCCUGCUUAACGUGCUGAUGCAGCUGCGCAAGUGCUGCAACCACCCGUACCUGUUCGACGGCGCCGAGCCUGGCCCGCCCUACACCACCGACCUGCACCUGGUGGUCAACAGCGGCAAGAUGGCGGUGCUGGACAAGCUGCUGCCCAAGCUGAAAGAGCAGGGCUCUCGCGUGCUCAUCUUCAGCCAGAUGACCAGGAUGCUGGACAUUUUGGAGGAUUACUGCAUGUGGAGGAACUACGGCUACUGCCGCCUUGACGGCCAGACAGCCCACGACGAGAGACAGAAAUCGAUCAAUGCGUACAACGAGCCCAACAGCUCCAAGUUCCUCUUCAUGCUCAGCACCCGAGCUGGAGGUCUCGGUAUCAAUUUGGCCACUGCCGACGUCGUCAUCAUCUACGACUCUGACUGGAAUCCUCAAGUAGAUCUCCAAGCCAUGGACCGAGCUCACAGGAUUGGUCAGAAGAAGCAGGUGCGCGUGUUCCGCUUCAUCACGGAGAACACGGUCGAGGAGAGGAUAGUGGAGAGGGCUGAGAUGAAACUCAGGCUGGACUCUAUUGUCAUUCAGCAAGGAAGGUUGGUGGACCAGAACCUGAAUAAGCUAGGUAAAGACGAGAUGCUUUCCAUCAUCCGUCACGGCGCAACGCACGUGUUCGCGUCCAAGGAGAGCGAAAUCACAGACGAGGACAUCGACGCCAUCUUGGAGAGGGGAGAGAAGAAGACAUUGGAAAUGAAAGAGAAGUUGAGCAACAUGGGCGAAAGCUCGCUGAGGAACUUCACCAUGGAGUCAGAAACCAGCGUGUACAACUUUGAAGGUGAAGACUACAGAGAGAAGAAGAAGAUUGUCACAGAGUGGAUCGAGCCGCCCAAGAGAGAACGCAAAGCCAACUACGCGGUGGAUGCGUACUUCAGGGAGGCCCUGCGCGUCAGCGAGCCCAAAGUGCCCAAGGCUCCACGGCCCCCAAAGCAGCCCAAUGUCCAGGACUUCCAGUUCUUCCCUCCACGCCUGUUUGAGCUGCUGGAGAAGGAGAUCCUCUUCUACAGGAAAACCAUCGGCUACAAGGUCCCUCGAAACCCUGAUGUCCCUAAUUCAGCUCAGGCCCAGAAGGAGGAGCAGGCCAAGAUUGAUGAGGCAGAGGCUCUGACAGAGGAGGAGCUUGAGGAGAAGGAGAACCUUCUUUCCCAGGGCUUCACCAUUUGGAACAAGCGCGAUUUCAACCAGUUCAUCAAAGCUAACGAGAAGUGGGGGAGAGAUGACAUUGAGAACAUCGCCCGGGAGGUCGAGGGCAAAACUCCAGAGGAGGUCAUGGAAUAUUCCGCUGUGUUCUGGGAGAGGUGUAAUGAGCUGCAGGACAUUGAGAAAAUCAUGGCCCAGAUCGAGCGAGGCGAGGCCAGGAUCCAGAGGCGGAUCAGCAUCAAAAAGGCACUUGACACAAAGAUUGGCCGUUACAAGGCCCCCUUCCACCAGCUGAGGAUCUCGUACGGCACCAACAAGGGCAAGAACUACACCGAGGAGGAGGACCGCUUCCUGAUCUGCAUGCUGCACAAGCUGGGCUUCGACAAGGAGAGCGUCUACGACGAGCUGCGGCAGUGCAUCCGAAACUCCCCGCAGUUCCGCUUCGACUGGUUCCUCAAGUCCAGGACGGCCAUGGAGCUCCAGAGGCGCUGCAACACCCUGAUCACUCUGAUCGAGAGGGAGAACAUGGAGCUGGAGGAGAGGGAGAAGGCGGAGAAGAAGAAGAGGGGUCCUCGGACGUCCUCGGUCCAGAAGCGCAAGGCAGACGGGACGCCAGAUGGCCGCGGGCGGAGGAAAAAGCUGAAGCUGUGAGGUGGACCCCGGCGGACAGCCGCAGCCAGGACUUCAGUAAAAAAAAACGUAGUAUUGUGUCUUUAUUUUACGGGUUGUAAUGAUGUACUGUAUUCAACUCCAGAACCGAACUUUGCUUCUCAAUCGUGUGUGUGGUAUACUAGGAAGGGUAGAACUCCAGUGCAGGUCUGUCUCUUAGUGAUUUACAAAAUACUGCAGCUGUGCUGAACCUUUUUUAUUUAACCAUUAACACUUGAGGUAAUAAAAUACUUUUAU